GGAGUAGUUCCGCUCUCCGGGCGGAAGUGCGCGCGGCGAUCUGGGGUGCUGACCAGCUGGCGUCAUGGUGGUGCCUGUGCUAGAGGCUGCUCACGUGUUUUGCUGCCCGAACCGGGUACGGGGAGCCGUGAGCUGGAGCCCUGGGCCCGGAGGACUUCUGGCCUUUGGCACGUCCUGCUCGGUGGUUCUCUAUGACCCUCAGAAAAGGGUAGUUGUUACCAACCUGAAUGGCCACACUUCUCGAGUCAAUUGUGUACAGUGGAUUUGUAGACAAGAUGGCUCUCCUUCUACUGAAUUAGUUUCUGGAGGAUCUGAUAAUCAAGUUAUUCACUGGGAAAUAGAGAAUAAUCAGCUUUUAAAAGCCAUUCAUCUCCAAGGCCAUGAAGGACCUGUUUAUGCGGUGCAUGCUGUUUACCAGAGAACAGCGUCAGAUGCUGCGUUGCACACACUGAUAGUAUCUGCAUCUUCAGAUUCUACUGUCCGAUUCUGGUCUAAAAAGGGUUCAGAAGUAACAUGCCUUCAGACCUUGACCUUUGGAAAUGGAUUUGCUCUGGCUCUGUCCUUAUUCUUUUUGCCUGGUACUGAUGUACCGAUAUUAGCCUGUGGUGAUGAUGAUUGCAAAAUUCACUUAUUUGUGCAACAGAAUGAUCAGUUUCAGAAAGUGCUUUUUCUCUGUGGACAUGAAGAUUGGAUAAGAGGUGUAGAGUGGGCAGCCUUUGGUAGAGAUAUUUUCCUAGCAAGCUGUUCACAAGAUUGCCUGAUAAGAAUAUGGAGGCUCUAUAUAAAAUCGACAUCUUCAGAAAUACAAGAUGAUAAAAUAAGACUGAAGGAAAAUACUUUUACCAUAGAAAAUGAAGGCAGUAAAGCAACCUUUGGAGUUACUCUGGAGACUGUGUUGGCUGGUCAUGAAAACUGGGUGAAUGCAGUUCACUGGCAACCUUCAUUUUACAAAGAUGGUGUUCUACAGCAGCCAAUGAGAUUGUUGUCUGCUUCAAUGGAUAAAACCAUGAUUCUCUGGGCUCCAGAUGAAGAGUCAGGAGUUUGGCUGGAACAGGUUCGAGUAGGUGAAGUAGGUGGAAAUACUCUGGGAUUUUAUGAUUGCCAAUUCAACAAAGAUGGCUCCAUGAUCAUCGCUCAUGCUUUUCACGGAGCACUGCACCUUUGGAAGCAGAGUACAGUUAAUCCAAGAGAGUGGACUCCAGAGAUUGUCAUUUCAGGACACUUUGAUGGUGUCCAAGAUCUAAUGUGGGACCCAGAAGGAGAAUUUAUCAUCACUGUUGGUACUGAUCAGACAACUCGACUUUUUGCUCCAUGGAAAAGACAAGACCAAUCACAGGUGACUUGGCAUGAAAUUGCAAGACCUCAGAUACAUGGAUAUGACCUGAAAUGUUUGACAAUGAUUAAUCGGUUUCAGUUUGUAUCUGGAGCAGAUGAAAAGGUUCUUCGAGUUUUUUCUGCACCUCGAAAUUUUGUGGAAAAUUUUUGUGUCAUUUCAGGACAAUCACUGAGUCAUGUGCUUUGUGUUCAAGACAGUGAUCUUCCAGAAGGAGCUACUGUCCCUGCAUUGGGAUUAUCAAAUAAAGCUGUCUUUCAGGGAGAUAUAGCUUCUCAGCCUUCUGAUGAGCAAGAGCUAUUCACUAGUACUGGUUUUGAGUAUCACCAGCUACCCUUCCAACCCUCCUUGCUUACUGAACCUCCCACUGAGGAUCAUCUUCUACAGAAUACAUUGUGGCCUGAAGUUCAAAAACUAUAUGGACAUGGCUAUGAAAUAUUUUCUGUUACUUGUAAUAAUUCAAAGACUCUGCUUGCCUCAGCUUGCAAGGCAGCCAAGAAAGAGCAUGCAGCUAUCAUUCUUUGGAACACUGCAUCCUGGAAACAGGUGCAGAAUUUAGUUUUCCACAGUCUCACUGUCACGCAGAUGGCCUUCUCACCUGAUGACAAAUUCUUACUUGCUGUUUCCAGAGACCGAACCUGGUCACUGUGGAAAAGGCAGGAUGUAAUCUCACCUGAGUUCGAUCCAAUUUUCAGUCUCUUUGCCUUCACCAAUAAAGUCACUUCUGUGCACAGUAGAAUUAUUUGGUCUUGUGAUUGGAGUCCUGACAGCAAGUAUUUCUUCACUGGGAGUCGAGACAAAAAGGUGGUGGUAUGGGGUGAGUGUGACCCCAGCGAUGACUCCAUCGAGCACAGCAUCGGCCCCUGCUCCUCAGUCCUGGAUGUGGGCGGGGCUGUGACAGCUGUCAGUGUCUGCCCAGUGCUUAACCCUUCCCAGCGCAGGUAUGUGGUGGCAGUUGGAUUAGAGUGCGGAAAGAUUUGUAUAUAUACGUGGAAAAAGACUCAACAAGUUCCAGAAAUAAAUGACUGGAUUCACUGCAUAGAAACAAACCAAAGCCAAAGUCAUACACUUGCUAUCAGAAAAUUAUGCUGGAAGAAUUGCAAUGGGAAAGUUGAACAGAAUGAAGGAGAAGGUGCUGAAUGGUUACAUUUUGCAAGCUGUGGUGAAGAUCACACUGUGAAGAUAUACAGAGUUAACAGAUGUGCACUGUAAUGGACUGAAUAACCACGUGCUUUCAGUCAUUGCUUCUUAAAGAGUUUAUCACGUAAAUACAUCAUCUUUACCUUCA